AUGUUUACCAUCCUCUACGGUUCAGAAACCGGGAACGCCCAGGAUUACGCUGAAUACCUUGCCGUCCGCCUACGUUACUAUGGCGUCAAGUCCCACGUGUCUGCAUUUGACGAUUUCCCCCUCGAACGACUCAUCACUGAUACAAAACUCUUGGUGCUCAUAUGUCUGACUACUGGCCAAGGGCUGCUCCCCCGUAACGCCCGCCAGCUAUUCCGCUUUUUAUUGAGAGACGACUUGCCUCUGGACUUCUUGGACCACAUACAAUUCACUCUGUUUGGCCUCGGCGACUCGCUGUAUUCCCGGUUUAACUGGGCCAUCAGAAAGAUCCACAAGCGGUUCCUUCAGCUUGGGGCUCAGGAGUUCCUGCCUCGGUGUGAAGCUGAUGAAAUGGGAGAGCUUGGUCCCGAUGGUUUCUACAAAGAGUGGGAGGCAAAGUUGGUCGAAAGACUUGGUAGUAAGCUUAUGCGUAAUCUCAUCUAUAAUGAUACGCAGCCAGUGACACCCGCAACGACAAUCGCUCUAGAUCCUAACCAAUCAAUUGAUCUUGCUCACCAGCUUGAAAAUACAAAGUUAGCAGGAGAUCUUUCGUUAACGAGAAGUGAGCUUUUACAAGCAAAAGUGCUUGAAAACACUCGGGCAACAACGCCUGAUCAUUUCCAGGAUAUUCGUCAUGUGGUACUUGAAUCCACCACUCCCAUUUCUUACGUUGCAGGCGACACCUGCGCCCUCUACCCUGUUAAUGAUGACCAAUCGGUACAAGACUUCCUCGAGGCUCAACCUCACUGGUUAGCGGUGGCAGACAAGCCGCUUAUUUUCAAAGGUGACCCCCCUCAAGCCGAUGGUGGCAUGAUUGAUCUCAAGGGUGUCACUCUUCGUCAAUUGGUUAAGUACCACCUCGAUAUAUGGUCUAUUCCCAAGCGUGCGUUGUUCGCUCACCUCUGGCACUUCGUCGACGGUUCUACUGAGGAUGGUGAGCGUGAGCGUGAUAAGCUUAAGGAGUUCUCCGAGCUUGAAUACCCAGAUGAAAUUUACGACUACGCUAACCGGCCUCGCCGCCUGAUAUUGGAAACUGUACAAGAGUUCCUGAACAACAUGACCAUUCCUCUUGAAUACGUGUGGGAGAUUUUCCCCAAGAUCCGGUCGCGCCAAUUCUCCAUCGCUCUGGCGCCUAACGGAAACCGUAUUGAGCUUGUGAUUGGUGUGGUGGAGUAUCGCACGAUCCUCAGACGUCUUCGUCGAGGUUUAUGCACUAAGUGGCUCAAAGAUCAAGUUUCUCAAGGCGAUACCAUUGUCUUCUCAUUAGCACAAAUGGGGCUUCAGUUCAAACUCCCCGACAACCCCGCUCCGCCCUUGAUCAUGGUAGCUCCUGGUACCGGUAUUGCCCCCAUGCGAGCAUUGGCCCAAACAGUAGCUAAGGGUAAUCCCAAACAAGAAAUGCAUUUAUUCUACGGUGUCAGAAAUGAUGAAAAAGACUUUUUGUUUCCGAAGGAGUGGAAACAUCUCGCGGAGACAACAAAUUUCACUUUACACCCUUGUUUCUCACGCAAGGAAGGCUACAAACCUCGGUACGUUCAGGACGGCUUGUGGCUUAACAAGGAAAAGGUGGCAGAGUUGAUUCUCGAGAAGGAAGCCAUCUUCUAUGUCUGUGGUGCUCUGGGGAAUAUGCCUAAACAAACGAAGCUCACGAUAACGGAAAUCAUAAAAGAGUCUGGAGUUGCAGAAGCUGAAAAGUACGUGAAAGAUAUGGAGGAUAACGGUCGAUACCUUGAGGACGUUUGGUGA